AUGGGCUCCGGCAAUGACGGCUCUCAGUCCUGGCUGCCCCCAGCACCUCAGAUGCUGCCGCUGGGACACGGGAAUAUCUUCCCCCCUGGUGGUCGUCACCCUGUGAGCACUUCUCUACCAACAUGGGACUCCGUAAUAGGCCAAUCCAGGAAGGAGAAGUGGGUAUAUGACAAGCUAGAAUGGGCCUAUCCUCGAUUCUAUAUCAACAAGCCAGUCCGAGACCUCGCAGGUGCCGUUGCUCGACGCCUGAACAUUGCAGAUCCUAACACAUCAUGCAUGCUAUUCUCAUCCACAAACGCUCGGAAAUGCGCCACCUCCCUUCGCGAAGCAAGCCCAGAUCCCGAAAACGAAUCAGAGUCAGACAUCAUCCACUUCUGCACACCGGCCGAUCCAGAUAUCGGAGUUGGGCCUUGGGGCUGGGCCAGUUUCUCAGCGGUCGUGAUGCCGAGUGAGUCAUGGAACAAGGCAAUGGCAUUCUGGCGGGAUACAGGCAGCGGACUAUCCACCCGGCAUGCAGAGUUCUGUCUGGAAGUGCUGCACUAUCUCGGCUCGGAGUCCUCAAACAAGGAGUUCUGUGCCGGGGCGCCUCGCAAAGGGAAUCGCCACUCGCUGCCACAGUCGCUUGCCUUGGUAGAGGCUGCAGAGGCUGCAGAGACUUCACUCGACGGUGUGAAAUCAAUCCUCGCGCGCAUCGCGACAUCCGAACAGCCUGGGCAGCCCACUGUUAGUCCAGAUGACGUCUUUCUCUAUCCUACCGGGAUGAAUGCCAUCUUCUCACUCUCGGAGAAUCUACUCCAGCUCGACGGCGAUUCAAGGGUUGCCGCGUUUGGAUGGCUAUAUCCUGAAACAGUCGAAGUUUUGCGGGCUGGCUGGGGCAAAGUGCUCGCAUAUAGAUUCGGGACGGAGAGAGAAUACAACCACUUGGAGGAGUCUCUAGAGUCUGGAAAGAGGAUCAAGGCUCUAUUCUGCGAAAUCCCGAGUAAUAUCACGCUAUAUACGCCUGACCUCCGCAGAAUACGCGCCCUGGCUGAUAAGUACGGGUUCAUUGUUGCUUGCGAUAAUACAGUUGCUGGAUAUCACGACAUUGAUGCACUUCCUUACGUCGAUGUCAUGAUCUCGAGCCUGACGAAGUCUUUCAGCGGUGCGUCAAAUGUGACCGGUGGGGGUCUUGUCCUGAACCCUGGAUCCCGGUAUCACAGUACCCUCCGCAAGCUGCUCAAUGACAACUACGAGAAGACAUAUUUCCCCCUCGACGUCGCGCAACUCCAGACAAACUGCCAAAGCACGGCCUGGCGAGUGAACAAAUGCAACAAAAACACCCUCCCCCUUGUUGAUCUGUUCGCCUCACACCCCACAGUAGCAGCAGUCCACCACCCCUCCACCGAGCCAACCUCGCACCUAUACAAAUCCCUAAUGCGCAAGGACGGCGGGUACGGGAAUCUCCUCAGCGUGGUGUUCCACAACCCGCGCAGCGCAGAACAUUUCUAUAAUAUCCUCGAUACCUGCAAGGGCUCGAGCUUUGGCACGAACUUUACGCUGGCUGUGCCGUAUGUCCAGCUUGCGAAUUUCUGGAAUCAGGAUAAGGUGGUAAAGUAUGGCGUGCCCAGGCAUAUCAUUCGUAUCAGUGUCGGGCUUGAGGAGGGGGAGGAGCUUGUUGAGGUUGUGGCUAGGGCUCUGGAGGGUGUGGUUGAGUUUGAAGCGCGGCCUGUGCAUGGCGUUGAGAGGUCGUUGUGUACGGAGGGGAAUGUAUCUGGAGGAUCAAUGUGUAAGGAAGAGCACAUAUCUAACUAG